CGCACCCGAGCCCCGCGGCCGCCGGAGGAGCCCCGCGCACAGGACGAAGACUGAGCUAUGAUAGCCACUGGCGGGGUGAUCACUGGCCUGGCGGCCCUGAAACGACAGGACUCUGCCCGAUCCCAGCACCACGUCAACCUCAGCCCCUCCCCUGCCACUGAGGAGAAGAAGCCUGUCAGGAGGCGGCCCCGGGCCGAUGUCGUGGUUGUUCGUGGCAAAAUCCGGCUUUAUUCUCCAUCUGGUUUCUUUCUCAUUUUAGGAGUACUUAUCUCCAUCGUAGGCAUCGCAAUGGCUGUCCUUGGAUAUUGGCCCCAAAAAGAACAUUUCAUCGACGCUGAAACAACCUUGUCGACCAAUGAAACUCAGGUCAUCCGGAACCAGGGCGGUGUGGUGGUUCGCUUCUUUGAGCAGCAUUUACAUUCAGAUAAGAUGAAAAUGCUGGGCCCUUUCACCAUGGGGAUUGGCAUUUUCAUUUUUAUCUGUGCGAAUGCCAUUCUGCAUGAAAACCGUGACAAGGAAACCAAAAUCAUCCACAUGAGAGACAUCUACUCCACGGUCAUUGACAUCCACACGCUGAGAAUCAAGGAGCAGAAGCAUCUGAAUGGCCUCUACUCUGGCUUGAUGGAGGAGCCGGAAGUGAAGCAGAACGGGAGCUCCUGUGCUUCCAGGCUAGCAGCAAAUGCAGUCACCUCUCUCUCGGGCCUGCGGGGCAGCUUUCGGAUGGACAGCUCUGUGGAAGAGGAUGAGCUCAUGCCCAGUGAGAGGAAGAGUUUGGGCCAUCUCAUACCCCCUUUGCUCUCUGACAGCUCUGUCUCUGUCUUUGGCCUUUAUCCACCUCCUUCCAAGACAACUGAGGAUAAGACCAGCGGCUCUAAAAAAUGUGAAACCAAGUCAAUUGUGUCAUCGUCCAUCAGUGCUUUUACACUGCCUGUGAUCAAACUUAAUAACUGUGUCAUUGAUGAGCCUAGUAUAGAUAACAUCACUGAGGAUGCUGAUAACCUCAAGGACAGGUCGAGGAAUUUGUCAAUGGAUUCGCUUGUGGUCCCUCAGCCCACGCUGGGUGAAUCCUUCCAGCCUGUUAGCAUGGGGCUCCCAAGGAAUAAUUCCAUUGGGGAGUCACUGUCCAGCCAGUACAAGUCCUCUGUGGCCCUUGGACCUCGGGCUGGACAGCUCUUGUCCCCUGGGGCUGCGAGAAGACAGUUUGGAUCCAAUACAUCCUUGCAUCUGCUCUCUUCGCACUCCAAAUCCCUAGACUUAGAGCGAUCCUCCACACUAACAGUUCAGGCUGAACAGCGGAAACACCCCAGUUGGCCUCGGCUGGAUCGGAGCAACAGCAAGGGCUACAUGAAGCUGGAGAACAAAGAGGACCCGAUGGAUAGGCUGCUUGUGCCCCAAGCAGCGAUCAAGAAAGACUUUACCAAUAAGGAAAAGCUUCUUAUGAUUUCAAGAUCUCAUAAUAACUUGAGUUUCGAACACGAUGAGUUUUUGAGUAACAAUCUAAAGCGAGGAACUUCUGAAACAAGGUUUUGAUGUUUAAAAAGGUAUCAUUUUCUAAGGGUAUAUAUUUUAAAACUGUUUUCACCAGCGCUUCCUUCUUAAAGCAUUGGUUGUAACCUUCCUAAAAUAAGUGUUCUCUGGUGUACAAGAGCUGGCUGCUUCAGUCUGUAAUGGAGAUGGUUGUAUGUUUAGGCAACGAAUUCGUUUUGCCGUGUUUGCAAAGCAUGAUCUCUUUUUUCAAUAUGAGUACAGAAAUGUUUGCUUUGCAGUUAACACUUUGCUUUACUUUGAAGUUCUCCCAUUGGUUGUCAGAGUCAGAGAAUGAAUGGGGUUCAGUAGGGAAAACACCAGCGUGUGGACAUUAUUCCACUGUACCAAAUUCAGGCCCAGCACUCAAUAUAUAUGAGUAUAAAUGCAGUUCUUAAAAUGUGGUUUUUAGAAUAAUUACUUUAUUGUUGAAUUAAUUACAUUACUUUAAGGGAAAGAGAUCUAAACAAUGGGAAUUAGACAAAUUGGUUUAGCUCUUUGUAAGCUCAAUAAUCAGGAUUGGGUAAGUUGCUUGUGAUUAUUAUGAUGAACUCUAGGUAGAUAGCAUUUUUCCAAUGUGAGUUUUGUUUUAGUGAUUUUUUUUUAACAAGAAACCAUAUAUUUAAGAACCAUGGAUGGCUGAGAAUGCCAGACAUACUUAAUGGAUAAAUGCACAAAAAAUCCAUUAACUUUAGAUAUUCAGUAUUAAAAUUUGUUUGCAAACUGACUUAAAAAUGAAUGAGCCACUGUAGUUCGUAGAAAUGCUGUCUUAAAAUCAUUAUAUACUGGAAGAAAAUGUUGACCAAUGGAUAAAGACACAUUUAUAAUGUUAAUAGUUAGUAGUCCUCAGUCUCACCACUUUCCUCCAGCCAUCUGUUACCACCCAGUAUCCACUCAUUCCCACAACUUUAUUCCCCAGAGUAGGCUUAGAUCCUGUUGUUUAGGAAGUAGUGGGCUAACCCUGACAUUUAUUUUUAUCUUCUCAUGCCACCAGAAAGUGUAGUCCUUGGUGAACUGCCUUGAAAUUAACCUUGUGCUCGAAAGCCUUAUGCCACCCCAAAGACUUGCGGUAUGAUAAACUUAGAAUUGUAGUUUUCAGUUAUUGAAGACACUAACAGCUAAAACAGAUACAUCCAUUAGAAAUGUUCAUGUUUUUUGUUAAGGUAACAUAUUUUAAAGAAUUGUUGAGUGUAUUACUCAGGAAAUAUUAUGAAUUUCUCCUAAGGCCUAAGGCAGGAGAGCAGAAAGGACCUACGUCUGUACAUGAGGUCCCCAAGGCCAGCUGUGAUGACAACGUGAGCUCCCCUCAGCUACUUGUGCUGCUUAUUAAAACAUCAGGCCUGU